AUAUUUCUUUUUCAGUUGGCAAACAAAGGCUUUGACAGCUUCUUUCUUUAUUCCAGUUGCAUUGCAUGUAUAUUUAUGAUGGAAAGAUAUGAGAUACUGAAAGACAUUGGAUCUGGCAACUUUGGAGUCGCUAAACUUGUUAAAGACAAAUCUUCUGGUGACCUUUUUGCAGUCAAGUAUAUUGAUAGAGGCCAGAAGAUUGAUGAGCAUGUAGAAAGGGAGAUUUUGAACCACAGAUCACUUAAGCACCCUAAUAUCAUCAGAUUCAAAGAGGUGUUGUUAACGGAGACCCAUCUUGCCAUAGUGAUGGAGUAUGCCGCAGGUGGAGAGCUUUUCGAGAGAAUUUGCACCGCUGGUAGAUUUAGUGAAGAUGAGGCAAGAUUUUACUUCCGGCAACUCAUAUCAGGAGUCAGUUACUGCCAUUCCAUGCAAAUAUGCCAUAGAGAUCUGAAGCUGGAGAACACACUUUUAGAUGAAAGCUCUACGACCCGCCUCAAAAUCUGCGAUUUCGGAUAUUCUAAGUCAUCGGUUUUGCAUUCGCAGCCCAAAUCAACAGUCGGGACACCUGCGUAUAUCGCCCCAGAAGUCUUGUCGAAAAAAGAGUACGACGGUAAGAUUGCAGAUGUUUGGUCUUGUGGGGUUACAUUGUAUGUGAUGCUGGUUGGUGCUUAUCCUUUUGAAGAUCCUGAUGAUCCAAGAAACUUUCGGAAAACACUCGCGCGGAUUCUUAGCGUUCAAUACUCGAUCCCAGACUACGUUCGAGUGUCCAUGGACUGCAAACACCUUUUAUCUCGGAUAUUCGUGGAUAACCCUGAAAAGAGAAUAACGAUCCUCGAGAUAAAAAAGCAUCCAUGGUUUGUGAAGAACAUGACGAUUGACGUGAUGGAGGACGAGGAAUCAGGUGCAGAAGUCGAGAAGGCGGAUACGCCGUCGCAAAGUACCGAAGAAGUGAUAGCAAUCAUACAAGAGGCAAGAAAAAGUCCAAUGGGUAGCAAAGAAGAGGGGGAAUUUGUUGGCAUGGAUCUUGAGGAUGAAAUUGAUAGUGAUGAUGAGUUUGAAGAUGAUGUAGAUACAAGUGGAGAUUUUGUUUGUGCACUCUAAGCAUUGGUUCAAAAGUUUGAGGGGUUUUUUAAGAUGUAAAAAUAUCAAACAUAGAAUAAUAUUCAACUUUUUUUAUAAGAUUUAGUUGUUAUGAUAGCAUUUUAUUAUUGAGUAUUGAA